AUGGUUCAACCAGCCAAUCCUGUGAACUCCCAUCUUCCUCGCGAAGGAGUAUCGACCUUACUCCAUCGCAGUUGCAAUGCCUGCAACCGUAGGAAGGUCAGAUGCAACAAGAAAUCCCCCUGCGAUAACUGCGUGAGGCUCGGGUUUGAGUGUGUUUUUCCACCCCCUGGGCGGAAGGCCCGGACUAGGCCAACAAAAUCAUCCAAGGCUGAGUUGAUCUCGCGAUUAAGCCUAUUAGAGCAGGAAGUUCAGAAGCUCGGCGCGCAAAAGUUUGCUGCUGAUAUCCCUGUGGACAGUCUGGAAGAUCAGGAUAUCGAAGAGAGCCCGGAGAGUAGUCGUACUGCAGUUUCAUGGCCAUUGAAGACCCCUGAAAGUGUAGAAGCGGAGGCUGAAGAGGAGGAAACUGGGAUUGAAUGA